UGGUAAACAUUUGUUUUCAAUUCACUUUUUUUUCGUAUUUUUUUUUGAUUAUUAUUCUUUUUAUUCUCGAUAUUUUAAAUUUGAUGACGUUAAUAAUUACACCAUUGAUGAUUAUAGUUCGAUGAUGACCUGUACUCCUCUCUUUCUGUGCUAUCUGCUCUCUCUGUCCUACUGUUUAUGCCUUGAACCCAUUUCCAUAAGCACUGGCGUCUAUUUUGGUGCCACCGCUGGUUUAGCUGCAAUUUAUGCUUCAUCCAGUUGGAUGAAAUGUGCUGUUUACGAAUGUUGUAAUCAGGCCUUAGAUCCAAUUGUUGCAAGAAAUUCCAUAAAAUAUGAUUUUGGUGAUAAAUUGAAAAGUGAUUUUAAGAAAAAACUUCACGGGCAACAUAUUGCUGAGUCUAUUGUUGCUAACGCGCUAAUUAAACACAUGAAAGACAAAGAACCUCGUAAGGCUUUGGUCUUCUCGUUUCAUGGUUGGACUGGUGGUGGUAAAAAUUUUGUUUCCUAUCUGAUUGCUCGUAACAUUUACUUCAAAGGAAUGAAAAGUUCAUAUGUACAUCUAAUUACAGCUACAGAAAAGUUCCCUGAUCCAACUAAAGCACCACAAUAUAAGCUCGAAUUGAUUGAAUUUAUUAAGUCUAAAUUAUCUGAAUGUGGUCGACAAUUAUUCAUAUUCGAUGAGAUCGACAAAGUACCCAGCGGAAUCAUAGAAGGUCUUACACAAUUCUUAGAAUAUUCAAUUGAACCUAAGGAGCAAAGUAAAGCAAUUUACUUAUUUUUAAGUAAUAUUGGCGGCAGUGAAAUUGCUCGAGUCACUUAUAACUUUUAUAUGAACGGUAUGAAUCGUGAAGAAAUUGAGCUUCGUGAUAUCGAAUCGCUGAUGAAUCUUCACGCAUUCAACGAGGAAGGUGGCCUUAAGAAAAGCUCUCUAAUUCAUAAAAGUAUGAUCGAUUUUUUCAUUCCAUUUCUCCCUUUGGAAAAGAAACAUGUACAAAGAUGUGUAGUCGAUUAUUUCCAAGAAAAGUAUAACAUAACAAAGAAAGUUAAUGAUAGACUUGUUAUAGAGAUAGCCGAUGAGCUAGAUUAUUUUCCAGUUGAUGCCAAAGUCUAUUCAAAGUCUGGCUGUAAAAAAGUGGCUCGAAAAGUUGACAUGAGGGUUGAUUAGUUGACCACGAAUCUUUCGCCCCAGUCCCCAAACUUUGCCAUUUUAAACCACUGCUGUUGUCGAGCUGUUUGCAUUUUAAACAAUUAGUACAAUUGGAAGGUUAAAUCUACACCAAAAGCUUAAUUACCUGGUCCUUACAAAAGUAACUCUGUGAUAACGAUUACGAUAUUUUUGCUAAUUACUUGAAAACGUUGUUACCUCAUGUCAAACAAUCAAAGUUUCAUCAUCUUUCAUGGUCACAACAAAUGAUAAUUAAACUAAUUAAAUGAACAAUCAGCGUCAAUAUCAAUUGUAAUCAUCCAUCAUGUCCAUUAAUAAAACUAAAAGAAAAAGGUAUUAGCCUGAUUAAGACUAAUCGUCUAAUUAGAAUUAA